GGGAAGGUGAUAGAGUAGGAAACAGUAGACGCUGGAUUCAGGCUACACCUGCACAGGUUAAACAAAACAGUCACGGAAAAGAAAUCCUUUGAAUCGACAAACAUGACACCUGAUCCGCGGAUCAUCAGUCAGUCUGACUAAAUGAGCCCUUAGACUGCUCCACCUGAAAAACGACAUGGCGGUAACGCGAUGCCUCACUUAUAUAAUGCCUCUCUCCAGUAUGGCACUGAUACAGGGCUGAAGAGGAUGCUCACGCACCUGUUCCAACACACCUUAGCUACGAAGAGACACGGCUAGCCGAGGUGCAACAGUUAGUCACCAAACUGCGUUUUGGCUUUCGUAAAAGACACCGAUAAGCGGAGGAGAGCGCGCGGACGAGCGGAUCAUUGAUGAGAGGAGCUUUUAGCCCUGCAGACCUGACCAAUUCACAGCGAGAUGCCAGUCCAGAUACCGGACGACACCGACUUCUUAUCUUUCCGCGAUCAAUGUGAAAGUCAGGAUGGCUGGGUCGCCCGUUAUAACAAAGGAGGAGUGACGGUGUGGUGUCGAGACGAGGAGUGCAAAACUGUGCAGAAACUCAAGAUGAGAAUCGUGUGCAAGGACGUGACGGCAGAGACUCUCUACGACGUCUUGCACGACACGAGCUACCGGAAAAAAUGGGACACCAACAUGAUCGACACGUUCGAUAUUGGACGACUGACGGUUAAUGCAGACGUAGGGUAUUAUUCCUGGAAAUGUCCGAGUCCACUGAAGAACAGAGACUUUGUCACCAUGCGGUCAUGGCUUCCUCUCGGCAACGACUAUCUGAUAAUCAACUACUCUGUCAAGCACCCGGAAUACCCACCAAAGAAGGAUUAUGUCAGAGCUGUAUCAUUACUCACUGGGUACUUGAUCCAGUCCAGCGGAGCAAACUGCUGCACUCUUUAUUACUUGACGCAAGUUGAUCCACGAGGAUCUUUACCCAAGUGGGUAGUAAACAGGGCCUCGCAAUUAGUGGCACCGAAGGCCAUGAAAAAGAUUUACAAAGCCUGCUUAAAGUACCCAGAGUGGAAGCGGAAACACGAGCCCAAUUUGAAGCCGUGGAGAUACCCGGAGCAGAACACGCUACCCUGCAUCAACGUGGCUGACCUGACGGUGCAGAGAGCAGAUUCGCUGGAGAACAUCGACGAGAGCAGCGUGAGCGAGGAGAAAGCCCAGCACCACAGCGACGACGACGAGACCUAAGACCACUGACUCUCCCGUGUGCCGCGAGGGUGGUUCACAUGCAUUCAUCCCGUAAAUCAUACACUCUUUGGAUUGAACAAAAUACCAUUAUAUUGUUUUGCAGAGAUUUAAAAUCCUCCGUUCUGUGCUCUGAGGAAGGGCCUGGUUGUAUUUGAUGUGUUUAACCGAUGUGUUUUAGAGUGUACGAUCAAAUCAAUCAGUUGUAAAACGUCUUAAACAGCGUCAGUAAAUACUUUGGAAGUGUAUCAGCUUUAGUGUUUCCAGUGCACAGUGCAGAUGUAUUAUCGUGACUUUAUUAAAUGACUUCAACGGCGCACAACUCAUGCUGUCGUUCUGUUGAGCGGUAAUGCUUUAACUGUUAAAACACCAUCUUUCAGCCCCGCGCUCUGAGGUGAAGGUUUCCUGUGUGAGGUUGCAAGGACUCAACCCUUUUCUCUUUAAAGUGACAAAUAUCUGCGUAUUUCACUGCCUUGAGAAGACCUCAGGGCUGUAAAAAUUAAUUCCUGUGCAGUACGUUUGGAUUUGUCUGUGUGCUUUUGACUGCGUGGCAUUUUUCUCAGUGUCUAAAAAAAUUAAAAGUUUGCUCCUGUAUUUCUAAAA